CAGCCAAACGGAACCAGACCAUGGCUAAUCGCCAUCGCAGACCAUCUCCCGACUACAAACCUGGCCAGAGGGUUUGGCUAUCAUCAAAAGACAUUACAUUACCAGGAGAGUCGAAGAAACUGGCACCUAAAUUCAUCGGACCAUAUGAGGUGGAGCGGAUGAUAACUCCCGUCACAGCUCGACUCAAGCAGGUGGAGGGUCAUCCAGCCUUCACUGUCAACACCAUUCUGGACGCUAGGAGACGAGGCAGGGGUGUGCAGUUUCUGAUCGACUGGGAGGGUUACCCCCCAGAGGAUCGCUCCUGGAUUUCACGUUCCCUUAUAAUUGAUAAAUCCCUAAUUUCUGAUUUUUAUCAUAGAUUUCCCGGUAAACCAGGAGGUCCGCCAGGUGGCGUCCGUUGAUU